GUGUCAAACCUCAAAAUACGCAGUCGAUUAUUCCCAAAAGAUAGUAAUGUUUUGCUUUUAAUCAAAUUAAAAAAAAAAAACUAAGAAAAACACGAUGGAUUAUCGAUCCACCUCCCCACUAUCUUCAGAUCCAUUUUCCGAGGAAAUGGAAACGGAAUCCGUGAAGGAAAAAGCAAUAUUAACUAGGCCAAAAUUCAAUAGCACGAAUUUUAAAUCGGGAUAUAUGCCUGUGGAAAACAUUAAACCUGGAAUGACUGGACGAAAAACGUUUGCGUUUUGGACUUUACUGGUAUUAUUGUUUAUUUUGGUUAUUGGAAAUCUAAUUCUUACUGUAACGAUUAUCGGAGUGCUGAAAUUAGGACAAGGUAUGCAAAGUAUUGAGCUGGUACCAGAAUAUGAAGGCAUCAAAUUUUAUGGAGAAACGAAUUUGGAUCAUAUCUACAAACGCGACGGUAAACUGGAAAGUUUCCAAGAUGAACCGAUGGAGAUAACUUCGAGGAAUAGUCCUAUUAUUAUGAAUUUAGUGAAGAACGGAAGAGGAGCAAUGAGAACUAAAAUAGAUCCAAACGAAACGCAUUUCAGAGGAUUGAAUUAUUUCGAAAUUAACAAUACAGAAAGAGAAACUAUUUUUACUGUUAAUAAUCCGACUUACGAAAAUCUUAAGUACGCCACUAACUUAAGAUCAAAGCUUGUUAAUACCAAUAGGAUAAGAAGUCCCAUAGAUGAAAAAUUGACUGUAGAUAGUGAAACAAUGAAUAUUCGUGGUUCCGAAGGUACAAACAUAAAUAGUGAAAAGUUAACUUGGUCAGCCGAUGAUGACAUACACUUAACAAGUUCAAAUGGUUCUAUAGUUUUAUUAGGAAAAGAAGGAGUAUUUAUAGAUUUGAAUAAAGUUCCCGUGGCAAGACUUAACAAUAAUUAUAUAACUUCUCAAUUCAAGAUUUGCGUCUGUAUGCCGCUAGGAAAACUUUUUAGGAUUCCUAUAGCAAACCCUAACGAUAGGGUUUAUUGUGAUCAUGUUAGCCUCGAACCCCAGUACAACCCCUGCAUUUAGAAUUAUUUUAAUUUCUCCUCGACGAAUUUUCAGUAGGAAAAUACUUUCUUGUGUAUUGGUACAAAUGGAUUUUUGAUGGUAUAUACCUGUAUUCUUUGAAUUUUCCAUAUAAUAAAAUAAAAUAUCAAUUUUUUAGAUGUGUAAGUAUGAAGUUGCUGCUAGUUGCGAAUAAAUAAAUUUACUCGUAUUUUAGUCAUUAUAAAUAGUUUUUGUAAUUUGAAUGGAUAUGGUUGUAUUUACAUUAAUGUCAGAACUUCUUUUUUUCUGGAAAUAUGAUUUUUGUUAUUCGAAAUGGAUCACCUUGUAAUUUUGAAAUACUCAAUAAAUGUAUUUCAUAAAA